AUGGCCCUGGGCAUCUCGAACCUUAGACCCGAUGGCCUUGUCAAAGUCAAAUCACGCGACGGGUUGACGUUGCUCCUGGUCAGAAAGCUCGGUGUGACCGGAGCCCAUUGGGAGAAGACCAUCCUCCCGUUGAACCAUCUUCUAAAGGGCCUCGGCAACGUACCAUACGCUCUGAUGAACCGAGCUUGGUUUAGCAGCGUGGAACCUGCUACUCAUAUUGCAAGAGAGAUAUCAGCUUCACAAAGUAGCUCAUUGGUCCAAACCUCCCUGCGAAUGCUUCCUAGCUACCUCGUUCGAUCGAACCAAAGCCAAGUCGAAAGCCAACGACACCUUUGA